UAUAACAUUUUAUCAUAUAACAUAACUAUCCUAUAUUUUAUUGUUAUAGCCUAUAAGACUAAAAGGCUUAUUUGACAUAUUCAUUAUAACAUCACUGAUCUGGAGCCACAAAGCAACAUAGUGACAUCACAGAUCUAGAUCCUGAUAAGACCAUUAUGACAUCAUCAUCAUCCCUGCAACUAAAACAGUGCAGCUCACAACAAGCUUCAUUUGUGUGUAGAGCUUGAAGUGAACACUACUUGUUAGUGGACACAUCAUGUUUCUGUGCAUCUUGAAAAGAACUAAGAUCUCUGAAGGCCGUGGGAGACCCUCCUGCCCAGCAGUGAUGGGUCCUGCGCGCCUUUAUUCUUUUAUCAUCUUUCUUGAAAUAUUUCUUCUGUUUUUUGGUACCACAUCAGCUGUGAAUGUUGAAAAUUUUUCUUUAUUCAAACCAAAGCUGAUACUGAAGGCACAUACUACGAAUAUUAUCCCAUGUGCAUUUCAUACUCGGCGUCCCCUUAAUCCAUUAAAAGUGCAAUUGGAAUGGGGUGUAAUCCCAACAGGGGAACGCGAUUACAAACCUUUGGUGCAUCUUUUUGGAGACCAUGUCAAUACGGCAUCACCUGAGCUCAAUGAAAAGUACAAGCUUUUUAUACCCCUGGUGGCAAAAGGAAACUGUUCUCUGGUGAUCAAUCCCACGAACAUCGAAGACAGUGGGACUUAUCAGGUUAAACUGAUAAUUAAAGAAAAGGUGUAUGAGCCACUAUCAUCUAUAAAAAUAAAAGUUGUGGAUCAUCCCAAAGCCAAGUCCCGGGCUGCUAAGCCUAUGAAAGAAGCUACAGCUAUUAUACCAGCGGAGACUACUAAAGCGCCAAACACAAAUGCACCAAAAGAAAAUGAUGAUGAUGUCAUUAGCGAUGUCAUCCUGCCACUACUGAAAGGACAUGAGAUGGCAUUUGGUAUAGCAGUGAUAUCUAUUAUAAUAGGCCUUGCUGCUUGGUCAUUGAUAGGACUCAUUAUAUGUAUUAGGUAUUGCCAAAGGAAUAAGAAAGGCCACACUGGUGAUGUAGAAAAUCCAUCAUAAGAUACGGAGGAAAGUGAAGAGAGUUAAUUUAGUCAAAGUCAAUCAUCUUCUGGUAGAAAAGAGUGGCUAGGCAUCAUUAAAUUUAGCUUCACUAAAGAGAAGAAUUAGACCCACUACGUUACAAAUGAACUCUAUUUUGGAGAGCAAAAUCGAUUUUGAUUUUUGUAACUUCUGAUCUGAAGGAAGAAAUUCUCCACCUUGUGAUUUCUCUGAUAAAAAGUCAUGUGAUAAGGAGAAAAAGAUAGAACAGCAAAUUAAAUCAGAGAAUAAGAUCCUACAAGGUUAAGAAUAAAUGUUCUGGUGAGGAAUCGUCCAAUAAGGAGGAAAAGUUGGAUCAUAAGAUCAGAUGAAAGAGUAAUCAUCUAAUGAGUUGGAGGAGAAUGAAGAGGCAUCAUUAGAUGAUGAGGGAGGGAAGGAGGGCAUGUAUAUUAUAGGAAAAGAAAACUGCAGAAGAGAAAUUAGUGGUUCUUUCUGUAUCUUCUCCUAAUCUGUAUGAAAUAUUUUUUCAAUAAAUCUUUUAUAUAUAGUAAUAAUAAUAACAUUUCUUACCGCUAU